UUCAGUGCAAUAUUUCAACUAUUACCUACUGUUACUAGAUACGACAUGAGGAAUCGCUGCAACUCCCGCCAAACAUGCGGCAAACGCCGGUAGCCUACUCUUGUGCGUAAAGGGUCCGGGAAUUUAGGUGAAACACGCGUAGGGCACGGGGAGUAGAGGAUACGCAUGGAGGCGCCCGACAAACCACAGCAGCUGCUGAGCCCACGCGGGGCGAUGAAGGCUGCGGCCAUUGGCCUGGAUGGCCGCUGGAAGGCAGACGUCGCGUCAAGCGCCUUGUGCGGCGCGUGGCGGCGGGGGUUGCGGGGGCGCGGCGUGGCGCCACUCCGCCUGGUAGCGGCGCUGCUGAUGUCCCGCUCGCACCUGGGCUCCCGUGGGCUACCUCCCAAUGCUCUGGUCCAACCGCACGCAGGUUGCGACAUCAGCACUGCAAUUGCUGGGCACAGAGUUAAUGGAAGGAUUCUUGGGUGCGCCGGGCACAAGCCAGUACCACGGCUUACGGCUGGGUUGGCCGUCGGGCUUGGGCCCCUCACCAACACCCCCGCCAAAGGCAUGUCGGGUGGCCCGCAGUGCGGCUCUGAGCAGCACUUCCAACCAUACGCCUACAGCACCAUAGCGAGCGCUCCGCGUAACCGCGCCAAGCAGCAACCCUUAGCUGAGGGAAAUGUGGGCGCGGUAAAGGACCGUCCGGAUUCCCCUGCGCGCGCCGCACCUGAUCAGCAGUCGGGUUCAUCAGGCAAGCCUCACCGAUCCCACGAUCCGCCGUCGUCCCCACCGCCGCCUCCGCACCACUCCGGCCUCAACAGCGAGCAGCUGGCAGCGGUGAAGGACGUGUCGGCUGGCCUGGUCACUGUCAGCGCGGGGCCGGGUAGCGGUAAGACACGCACCCUGGUGGCGAGAGUGCUGGAGCUGGUACAGGUUCACAGCGUCCGGCCCAAGCAGAUUGCCGUCUUGACCUUCACACGCAAAGCGGCAGAUGAGCUGCGCAAGCGGCUCCGCGACGCGCUGGGCGCGACGGCUGCCGAGGAAGUGGUGCUAGGGACGUUUCACUCGUUGAGUGCGCGGCUGCUCAGGCAGCACUUUCAGCUGGUGGACCGGGGUGCGGGCGCCAGUGGCGGCUCCCGACUGGCGGGGCUGCGCAAGGACUUCCGAGUGCUGGAGGUGUGGGCGGGGCAGGGGGGGGGGGGCAGGGGGGCGGCUGAUUCGGGCGGGGAGGAGGACUGAGAGCGAGAGCAAGGGCCGCAUGGUCGUUGGUGUUGUAUUCUGGUGUGGGUCGUUCUACCGG